AUGACGGACAUCAAAGAGGCAAGCAAGGUUGACGCGCAUCAUGAGGAGGGCGCACUCGAAGUAUUAGAGGCUUCUUCGCGGGCUGCCCAGUUUGAGGCAGCGCAGCAUUCAUUGAACCGGGUUGACGCCAUAAAGGCCAAUAUCAAACCGCUAGCAUGGUGCAUGUAUAUGUUCUUUAUCUGCAUUACAUGGGGUUUUGACGGCUUGGCCGGAGGUGUUGUGACCUCCAUUGCAGAAUUUCGGAAGGACUUUGGAUUUCCAUAUGCUGGCGACUAUGUAGUGGAUGCCAAUUGGCAGCUGGGCUGGCUGGGUGCAACAUUGUUUGGUCUCAUAUUCGGUGGUUUGGCCACAGGUAUCGCUGUCAAUCGCUUCGGAAGGCAGCCAUGCAUUGCAACAGGUUUUAUCCUCAGCAUCGCUGGCACGUUUGUUCAAGUCUUCGCUGCCACACCAGCCCAAUUCUUCGGAGGCAAACUGUUGACAGGUCUUCCACUGGGCUGUUUCACAACUGUCGCGCCAACCUACGCGUCGGAGAUGGCACCUCUACCCAUUCGAGGUGCAAUUACUGCUGGUAUGAACUUUGCCAUUGUUCUGGGCCAGCUCAUAGGCUAUGGUGUAAUGCGCGAGGCAAGUUUCUACCAAGGCAGUCUGACCUACAAAAUCUUGUUUUCGACCCAGUGGGGCUUCGCUGCAGUUGGACUGCUUGUGCUGCCCUUCUUUCCCGAAUCCCCGUAUUGGCUUGUUGCCCACGGCCGACACGAAAAAGCGAGAGCCAACUUGGUCAAAUUGCACGACGAUUCUUACGAUAUUGAUGGGAACAUGGCAGAAAUCCACGAGUCUCUUGCCAGGUUGAACCAGGAGAAUGAGUCACAAGGGUCGAUAGCAGAGUGUUUCAACCGAGACAAUUGGAAGAGAACACUGGUUGCUACGAGCGUGUUCUUUAUACAAAAUGCAUGCGGCAACAGUUGGGUCAUAGGCUACAUGAGCUACUUCAUGCAGCUUGGUGGAAUGAGCGCAGCCAAGUCUUUCGACACAACUGUUGGCCUCUGUGGGCUGAUGGUGGUAGGGAACAUGUGCGGUUGGGUUUUCGUUGAGAAAUUCGGUCGGCGAGGUACAGCCCUUUGGGGAACCGUCACUCUCUGCAUCGUUUUAUUCCUCAUCGGCAUACUUGCUUCAGUUCCCACUGACAAUGCAAUAUGGGGUCAAGUUGCUUGCAUGGCGCUGUGGUCAUUCGUCUAUCAGGCUACCAUCGGCUCAGCAGCUUGGCCAAUCACAGCAGAGAACGCGACAUCCCGUCUGAGGGCUCCGACCCAGAGUUUGGCCACAAUGAUGAACGGGCUGUCGUCCUGCAUUUGGAGCUUUGCCCUCCCUUACGCCAUAAAUCCGGAUCAAGGAAACCUUGGAGGAAAGAUAGCAUUUGUAUUUGGCGCUGUUCUUAUCUUUGCCUCCGUGUUUAUCUUUUUCAUGUACCCAGAAACUAAAGGGAGGACAUACAUUGAAAUUGAUCAGCUCUGGAGCCGAGGCAUUUCUCCACGUCAUUUCUCAAGGACAGAGCUUGUCACUGUUUCUAAUGAGAAUGUCAAAGAGAUCUGA